CACCUUGCUCGGAGCUCCCUCGCAAGCAUCUCUCCACCAUCCCUCCUGAGCCCUCGGUACGCCCCUACGGUUUCACACCGAAGCCUCCUACAUUUAAGACCCUAGGUCUGCUUUGUACCCCCAAGGAGCAGUAUUACACAGCAUGACUAGUUAAAGCCGCUAUCGCACACGCAAAUCGCCAUCGCCAGGUUUGCGCCGCUUCUCGCGCCACUGUCCGCCGCCGCGGGUUGCCAGUUUGGCGUCGCUGCACGCCCUUUGCCGGCCAGGCAGUUCCCCGCCAUGGCAGUCCGAAAUCCCUUUGCGUUCGGGCCAGGCCCGGUUACGUUCUGGACCACCGUCGUCUACCUCGCCUUGAUUAUUCCCCUUCUCUACGUCCACGAGACGGUCCCUCCUUCGCCCGGUGACGCCGCCCUCGAACGGGGUCUGAACCUCUCCGAAGCGUGGUCCGAUUUGCAGACCAUCACGAGAACCUAUCACCCGUAUAACAGCCACGAAAACGACCGCGUGCGCGACUUCAUAAUCGCCCGCUCGAAAAGCAUCCUGGAGCGCAAUGGGCUGGACUACACGGUGGAUACAUCUGGCGGGGUCACAUGGAGAUAUGGUCUUGAGUCUGCCGCAGACAGGUUUGCUGAGGGGGUGACGGAACUCGUGGGGAAACCGCCCGGUGCGACCAUCUUUGACGACCGCGUGUCCAACGUAACGUACACAGCCAAGGGCAGAUUCUCGGUAACCGGCCAGUACUUUGAAGGAGACAACGUAUACGUUUACAUCCACGGCAAGGAUGACCCCGAGGGCGAUUGGUGGCUCACCGAAGAGGGCAUCAAGGCCUCCCGGCACUCGGGUGGUGUUCUUGUCAACUGCCAUUUUGACUCGUAAGUCACGUCCGGCGCAUGUGACACGCUCGCUCACUGCUUUUAAGGGUUUCGACAGGCUACGGAGCCACUGACGAUGGCAUGUCCUGCGUGACGUUGCUCCAGCUCUUGAGUUACUUCACUUCCGAGGACCGUCAGCCGAAGAACGGCAUCGUGCUGCUCUUCAACAACGCUGAGGAAGAUGGACUUCUUGGCGCCAACGCCUUCGGGUACAGCCCGUUGCUCGGUUUUUGCCACACCUUUGUCAACCUCGAAGGAGCCGGUGCGGGUGGACGCGCCAUGCUUUUUCGCACAACCGACUUGCAGGUUGCAAGUGCCUAUGGCCAAAGCCCGCACCCCUUUGGGUCUGUUGUCGCCGCCAAUGCUUUUGAGCGAGGUGUCAUCAAGAGCGGGACUGAUUAUCAGGUGUUUGCCGGUAUAUUCGGGCAGCGCGGACUCGAUAUUGCAUUUUAUGAGCCCCGAGCACGCUAUCACACGGAAGAGGAUGACACUCGGCACACGUCCGUACGCAGCAUUUGGCACAUGCUCUCGGCAGCUCUGGCGUCAACAAAAGCUCUCUCGGAGACGACGAGCACCGAAUUCAACGGCCCUCGCUCUGAUGGAAGAAAGGAUCUUGCUCAGAACGGCAGGCCCACGGCUGGCGUGUGGUUUGACUUUUUUGGCGACGCCUGGGCCGCGUUGCCGCUUAGAGGGCUAUUUGCGUGGUCCUUGACGCUUCUUGUCGCCACGCCUCUGGUGCUUUUGAUCGUGACCUACCUUCUCGUACGAAACGACAAAUACUACUUCUUCGCGAGGGACAUCAAAACAGACUCCGAGACGGGCGAGAGCUCGGUCUCGCUCGGCGGGUGGAGGGGCUUCUUCCGUUUCCCACUCGCGCUCGUGUUCGCCGCCGGCUUGACGGUUGGCUCGGUAUAUCUAGUCGCGAAGUUCAACCCGCUCAUAAUCGGUAGCAGUGGUUAUGCGGUCUGGGCAAUGACAAUGUCCUUGUUCUACUUUGCGUUCUGGUUGAUCAUGCGAGGAUCCAGCUUCGUGCGACCAAGUGCGCUCCACCGCGGCUUCGUCCUCAUAUGGCUGUUCGUCUUGACUUGGGUCAUACAGGUCCUUGCAGCUGUAGCGGAGGAUCGCAUGGACAUCGGUGCCCUCUAUUUUGCUGCCUUCCUUCACACGGCAGUAUUCUUAUGCCUGCUGAUAUCUCUCCUGGAGCAAGUGGCACUGCCCGGAAAGCAAGAAUUUGCCCAACAGCUGCAAAAUGCAGCGCAAGGUAAUACCACGCAAAAUGCACCCCACAGUGCGGAUGAGGAGACGAGUCGCGAUCAGCCGGCAGAGGAUGGAGAUGAUGGCGCCGACGCGACCGAGACGACACCUCUGAGGGCCGGCGAACCAGGAUAUGGCUCCAACACACCGACGACAUUUGCCAGCACUUACCGUAGGUCUGUAGCGGCGGAACCAGUCGUCCCGUCAUCAGUACCCGGCAACCCACCUUACGAAUCCGAGCAGUCAUGGUCCGGCCGUCUGCCGGCAUGGACCUGGUUCCUACAGCUUCUUCUCCUCGCUCCGGUACACGUUGUGAUACUCGGGAAUCUCGGGCUCGUCCAGAUGACAGCGAUGCAAAUGACAGGUCCUGACGGAAGCAGCUUGCUGACGCCUCUGAUGGGAAUCGGUAUCCUGAGCAUCUUGCUACUAAUCCCCCUAUCACCAUUCAUACACCGCGUCACCCACCACAUCCCGCUCUUCUUGCUCCUGGUCUUCGCUGGCACUCUAAUAUACAACAUGGUUGCCUUCCCAUUUUCCACGAAUAAUCGCUUCAAGCUCCGGUUCCAGCAGAUUGUAGAUCUGGACAAUGGUUCAAACACGGUCUCGCUGGUUGGAUUGGAGGAAUUCGUUCGACCCGUCAUCACGUCCUUGCCAGCAGCUUCGGGCCAAGAAAUCAAGUGCGAAAAGUCAAUUGUUGAGAAUCUCAUGGAGUGCAAGUACGAUGCGUCCUCGCUCCCGCCAGAUCCCGCAGAUGGGAAGGAAUUGGAUGCGGUAGUGUCCGCAUCUGUCACGAAAUAUGCGGAUGGAAAGUCAGCUGGUCUCCGCAUCGAGGCUCUAAACACGAAAGUAUGCUACGUGGAACUAUCCGAACCAAUGUUUGGCUUCUCAGUCGAAGGCGGUGGAUCCAGAGACGAGCGCUUCGGUUCGAUGCCCAGGGACGGUGUCAAAAACCUCCAGCUUUGGCGGCGAACGUGGCAAGGCACGUGGAACGUGACGCUGCAGCUGAGCAGCAGCGGUCAUUCCUUGGAGGCACCCAUUCAAGGUCUGUCUGGCGAGAACGAAACGUCUAGGAACGUGGACGGGGAACUCAGGGCACGUGGGAGCCCGUUCCAGGUGACAGUAAAGUGUGCCUGGGACGACGGGAAUCGGGUGACCAACAUCCCUGCGCUGCACGAGUUGAAGCAGUACAUGCCGAACUGGGCCACAGUGACCAAGAGGACCACGGGCCUUGUGCUGGUGAAGAAGACAUUCGAGAUGUCUUCAUAAUGGUGGGGCGGUCCUCGCGAUGCAACUGAGAUGUAAGGGGCGCAGCCAGGUGCUUCUCUCACGUGUCAGCGCGACAACAUCCGGCUUGGGGCAUCAGAUACCGAACGAGAACCUGUGGAGGGGCAUGUCGAUCGGUCUGUACACGACAUGUUGGCAUUGACGAGCAUUAAUGUAAUGAGUAACAACCAUGGCUAGCAUCGUGUAGCAGCAUUCGAAUCAUUCGAAUCAAACAGUAAGCUUUCGACGGCCUUUGCUUGGUCACUUUCACAAGCACAGCCGGCAAGGCGCUGGCCAGGCCAUAGGAGUUGAGGCGUGGAGAUGCUCUGAUGAGCCAGUCUUUCUGGCUGGCUGUUUGGGUCACGAUGGCUUCAGUGGCAGGUGCGCGGUCAAUAUUAUCGGCGCUGUCCAG